AAGGGGCAGCGGCGCCCCCCGCGGGCCCCCCGUCGUCGGGCCGCCCCGGCCCCCGGCGGCGGAGGAUGGCCGAGGACUCGCCCAAGCGGCGCAAGGCCAAUUUCAACGAGGCGGAGACGGAGGUGCUGAUCGAGCAGGUGCUGAAGCACGAGCGGCUGCUGUUCGCGGCGGGGCCGGGCCGCGCCUCCCCGGGCCAGAAGCGGAAGGUGUGGGAGCUGAUCCGGCACAAGGUGAACCCGGUGGCCGCCUGUCCCCGCGACGUGGAGGACCUGAAGAAGCGCUGGCGGGACCUGAAGCGCCGCGACCGCAGCAAGCUGUGCCGCCUGUCUCAGGGCGGCGCGCCGCCGGGCCCCGCCGCAGCCCUCGGCCUCUUGCUGGCUCCCGAGGAGCUGCCGUCCAGCGCCGCGCCCGCCCGCCGCCACCACCACCACCACCACCUGCACCCCCGCGCCUACGGCUCCCUGCUGCACGCCGAGGCCGUGCCCAUCGUGGGCGGCAUCGACACGCUGGAGCUGCCCGGCGCCGCCGUGGGGGAGAUGGGAUUUAAUGAUGAUCCCGGCCCAUCUCAUCAACCCGGUCUUGAGAAGAUGAACCUAAAAGAAGAGAUAGUGGUAAAAGUGGUAGAACCAGAGGAAAGCUCUGAGGACAUGGCAGUGGUCCCACCUAGCCAGGAGCAGCUGCCUUGUCUGGGGACAUCGGGUGGUGCUUCCUCAGGGAAGGUAAAAGCCAAAUCAAAAGGCAGAUCCCAGGCAGACCAAAUCGGAAUAACUGAAGCGGACCUAGUGCAGAUUCAGCAGACCCAGAUGCAGGUGAUCCAAUCUGGCUUUGACAGCGUCAACCACAAUCUUCGGUUGCUGCAGCAAGGCAUGCAGGAUCUGAGUAACAGCCUCAGCAUCAUGGCACAUACGCUUGUUGCUAUCAAAAAUGUCUACGUGAAAAACAACACUGGCCCAACUACGUACACCACCACCUCUACUCAGACCACAGCUGGGUACCUGAGCCCAGGCUCUCCCCAGGUUUCCCCUGCCGAGGACAGAGGCCGGGUGCAGAUGGCUGGGAGCAGCAGCAGGAGCAGCAGCUGCAGUUCCAGCUCUACAUCACAGGAACCAGGUCCUUCAGAGUUCCCCAGACCCCCCCUGAGAACCAUUAAGAAAGAACAUCCAAAUGGCUGCUACUACUUCUGCUUUGCAGACAUGUAAAACUUGAAUAUAUGUACAGUGACUGUGGUGUUAGGUGCUGUUGUUUGUUCUGCUCCGGCCUGUAACUUGAAGGAGCAAAGUGGACUUGCCCCCCGCAUUUUUUCCCAGUGGGAAAUGUUUCUCUAUAGGAGGUGGCAUUAAACACUAAAUACCAGUUCUGUUUGUUAACUCAGUUUCAGUUGGCUAAUGUUUUUCUGCUGUUCUCUUUAUCCUCUUACUCUCUUAAAAACAAACAGAUUUAUUUUGACUAAAACUCUUGUCUGUAUUAUCCUUUGUUUAAUGUGACCUUUUGGAAAAUAAAAGGCAUGAGAUUUGGGUGAAAAAGUAACGUUAUGGUUACUGACUAGCAGGAGCUGUCUUACAUGAGUUGCUUAGUUUUUGGUUUUUUUUAAUUAAACAAAUGGCAAAAUGAGAUGGUGUUUUUAAGUAGUUGCUUUUUCUAAUACUUAUAACUGUUUUGCUUGUUUGCUUUUGGUUUGAGGUUUUGUUUUUCUAAGUCUCAGCUGUGCAAGGAAGCUAUGGCAGGAAGGGUUGGAUACACCUGCUUCCUUGAUGAAUGGUUCUAGGAUUGAGCUGUUGAUGAUGAAUGUGCUUCUCCAAGUUCAUACAGCAUUGCUUCAUUUGGUUGCUGUUCAUUCCCAGCUUGCCAAAUGCACCUUCUCAGAGGCAUUUGUGUUUUACUUCACUAGCAGAGCAGGCUAUUUCUUGUGAUAUUAUUAAAAUAGAGACAUAAAGCAAAAACAGUAACUGAUGAGUGAUGCCUGGCUUUGACAUGGAGUAACAUUUCUUAUUAUGGCUUAUAAGCAGGCUCUUCUGAUUUUGCAAGCUUUCUGGAAUUGGUAUCACAUCACUUGAAAUACAAAGAACAAAAAAUGUUUCUGCAUUGUUUUACAUUUAGACUCGCUGUUAAAUAAAUUACAGGAGGCAGAGGCUGAUUCUGGAUAGAAAAAUGCAUAGCUCAUGAAGAGAUGCUUUUAUCUUUACCUAUCAGAGAGAUUAAUAAAAUCUGCCAUUCUUGUAACUGUACAUCCGAGGAAGAAGAAAGAAAAGAUGAAUCUGAGCAAAAAGUAACCUGUUAAGUGCCUACUCUGAACAGGAGGAAAAUAUUAGUACUGAUGCUAUUGUUAAGAUACGUGGAAGACUGGUGUUUAGAGCUUGUAUAUUAGAAUCACUUUACUUUGCAAAAUUCUAAAUUAACAGAGAGAAUGCCGUUUGUCCAGUGUACUCACUGAAGGAAAUACAGCAACCCUCUCACCUGCAUUUUUAUCCUAUCACCUAAAAAAUCAUUCAAGUCCUCCUCAUAAGCAUUUAUCACCAGUAUAAAAUUCUAAAGAUAAAUUGGCCUGUGGUAAUGGUCACUGGUUUUCCAGUGAUUCUGAACAUAUGUUUCUGUUGCAUACAGAGUGGCAGCCCAACUACUCCUUUUAGCAGCAUAAGAACAAGUAAACAUCAGGCAAGGUAUCUCAUUUUUAUGUCAACUUGGACAGUGCACUAUACUACACAAAAAUACAGGACUAAUUUAUUUCAUCUGGGGGGGGAGGGAGGGAAGUAGAUCAUUUGCAUUGAAAUGUGAUAAAUAUGGGAGCUAACAGUAGCUGCAAAUAAUGCAAGGAAUGCCCCCACCACCAGUUACACACUAUUAGAAUAAUUACCUCAAAGCAAGGGAUUUCAUCUUAUGCCUGUGCAGGAGUCUGAUGGAGCUCAGGACAGCUGGAUUUUAACAGGUUUCUUCUGAGGCACUGCUGAGCAAAGAAUGGAAACAAAAUUCUUCAAGAGGCCCAAAAGAACUAUCUAAAAAAGAAACGGUAGAAGAGGAUGACAAAUCCUGAAGCUCAGCCAGGUGCAGUUCAAUUGCAGCCACCACAUGGGAUUAACACAAGGUCUAUGCCCUGGAGGAGAUUCUUAGCUCCUGAUUUCCCUUAUAAAAGGAGAUGGUGUGGGUGACAGCUACCACUACCUUACUCAUAAAAUGCUGACACCAAAACCAGGAUAGAAUUAACCUCUUAGAAGCAUUUAUAUUUCUCCUCCUCAAUACAGAUGGGAUCUGUCAAGCCUUCAUUUGCGUUUUGUUCGCAUACAAAAAGCAGCCUCUUAAUUCUGCUGUGAUAUCCCAGGUUGGGUUAGAAAAAUGUUAGAGAAUCAGAAGUUUACCUGGUCUUUUGGGGCAGUUAUUUGAGCUUGUCCAGAGUGCAGUAGCCAGUCCUUUCAGUAUUUCAAUUCUUUCUUCAGUUAUUGAUUCUUGAAUUUCAUUUACUCCAGCCUUUUUAGGGAAAGCUAGCUUGUGUGUGCUGCACAGCUGUCUCACGUUUAUGUUUCCAUGAAAGAAAGCUAUAGUCCGGGUGCAAAGAAGUGCAGCAAGAUUUCAAGAGCAGAGCUAGUGGACUGGGUCUCCUGUAGUUGUGAAGAUGGUUAAA